AUGCUCUCGUUAGCCGACAUUGCAAUGAUCGUCCCUCCGUCUCCAAUCCCAGCUAAACGGUUCGGCCAGCAUUAUCCUAAUCCUCUAAACUACAGCCGAGAAGAAUGCCUAUGCAAACCCGUGCACAACUUCGUGGUACUUUCCAUGCAGCGGUCCGGCAGCGGGUGGUUCGAGACGUUCUUAAACUCCCACCCGAACAUUAGUAGCCACGGGGAGAUAUUUAUAGUCAAGCCGCGGCGCGCGAACAUGUCGGCGGUCGCGGAGACGCUUGACAGCGUGUACAAUCUGGAUUGGGCGAGCAGCGCCGCGAAGAACUCGUGCACGAGCGCCGUCGGAUUUAAAUGGAUGCUCAACCAGGGCGCGAUGGAAUUCAGUGGUGACGUGGUGGAGUACUUUAGGAAGCACCACGUGUCCGUCAUCCUGCUUAUCAGGAAAAACGUGCUGCGGCGACUCAUCUCCAUCCUGGCGAACGCGUACGAUCGCAAGACGCAGCUAGUGGGAGUGCACAAGUCGCACACGCACAGCAAAGAAGAGGCAGAGAAGCUGGCGACGUUUCGGCCGAACGUGAACGCGAAGCACCUGGAGGGCAACCUGCAGCGCGUGCAGGAGAUGGUGGACGACGCGCUCAGGGCGUUCAACGGCACGCGCCGCAUGCUCGUGUACUAUGAGGACGUGGUCAAGAACAGGACGAUCCUGGAGAAUGUUCAGCGGUUCUUGGGGGUGCCGACACAGGAGCUGACAAGCAAGCAGGUGAAGAUCCACACGCGGCCGCUGAGGGAGACGAUUGAGAACUAUGAUGCCGUGGCUGCCAAGCUCAAAGGCACCGAGUUUGAGAAAUUCCUGGAAGAUGAGAGCUAUGGUUGA